CGGGAUCAUAUCAAUUAUCUUUUUUGACAGUGCAUCCGUAGCAUUAAUUGGUGGUCCUCCGCCGGUUUGAAAUUGGCUACGCCUCUCUUCCGCCGCAUCUUUUUUUGUUUUGCUUUUUUUUCCAAUUUUUCCAACAGGCUUUCAGUUGUGCCCUGUCCCUCGUCUGAUUCCGGUAGAACCAUUAAAGCGGUCAGCUAACUGGACCCAGCUCCUCUCCUUCUUCUCUAAUGUACUGUUGUCAGUCCUUUUAUCUUCUAUUGUUACCCCAAAUUCCUCCAUUAACUCGGUCACCAACAUCUUUUCAAAUGUUGAAAAGUUUGAACCGCCGUGCCAUAAUGUAAUAGUUAGCUAACGUUAGCUGGCUAAAGUGACAGGGUUGAUUAGCUAUUUUAUAGCCGUAGUAGUAGGUAUAAACGGUAACUAACGGUAGCUAUCAGUAACAGCAUUUAUUCAAAAAGCAGCUAGUUUAGGAAAAAGAGCGCAUGCAUUCAUUUAGGGCUAUUUAGUUCCGUAUAUGUUAAACAUAUGUUGUGAAUUUGUUUACAUUUCGUCGGAAUCCAUCAUGGCGGACAUUGAACAUAAACUAAUCCUGUUUUAACCCUUGUUUAAACUAGUUUAGCUAAUCCAGGGUUAAAAUUAAGAUGUGCAACACAUCUCUGAUUAAUUAUAAACCAGUUUAAACAUAGAUUUACUAACCCUAGAUUAACUCUAAACCAGGAUUCAUUUAAUCCUUGUUGGUGCAACCCAGCCUUAUAGUAUACUUUAAUAUACUUAUUUUUUGUAAGGGCAGAGCUAGCUAACGUUAGCUUAGUAACGUUAAACUAGCUAAAGCGAACUAAAUAAUAAACAAAUAAUCAUUACUAGUUAUCACCGUAGGCGAUGGCGUGUUGCUUGGUCGCUGGUGACGAAAGGCCACAUUGACAUCAACUUUGGCAUCUCGUUGUCCACAAGUUCGACAUGCUUUGUAAAAAAUCGUGUCCACCCCAAGACAAUCUAGCUUCCAUUUUUCGAUGGUCGCUGCGAGUGAAUUUCAUCUUUGGAACCUGAGAUGGUGACGGAGACUGUGUUUACUGCGUCCUCAGUUCUCCUCACACUCGCAGUCACACAGGUCUGAUUAAGAAGCGCUCCAUUUUUUGGAACGUUCGGUUCUUUGCGCACACGCACAUCAGUCAAGGUGAAAAUCAAAUGCAUUAAAUAGCAACUGGACCAGGUCACAAGGUUUUUCACAAGUUAAUUAAAUUAUCAUUAUUAUUAGAGGAAAUUCUGGGGGCGUUUUUUGCCCCUCCUAGUGAUAUCAGGGGCAAAAUGAUAUUUCUUGGGGGCAGUUUUGCCCUUUGCCCUCGUGUAUUUCCGACGCUGGAGUGAUGGCAGUGACCCAACCUAGUAGCCUGUGUGUGGGGACUUGGUCUUUGAUAGCUACGAGGUAGCGCUGAAGUUAGCUUGUAAACAUUGCUUUCGCUCGUGUGACGUGUAACUCGUCUGCAAAUCUAACAACCACUGCCACCCCUACGUCUUCCUAGGUGGUAUGUUGGCUAUCACCGGUCUCGAGGUCGGCAACUGUAGGUCGGCUGGCUAGCCGGGCUAGCUAGCUGGCGAAAUAAUAAAAGGACGACAUCAGUAUGGCCAUUUCAGCUAGAGCAGGGGUCACCAACACAGUGCCCGCGGGCACCAGUGCGCCCGCAAGGACCAUUUGAGGCGCCCGCAGGCCUGUUCUAAAAAUAGCACAACUCUCCAGUGAGCUGCGUCUAAAAAAAAUCACACUUGCAUUUAUAUGUAGGCUAUAUGAAUAUGACAAGAUCUUUAAAAUAAAAAAUAAAAAAAUAUUUGUACAAUUCAUGGAAGUUUUGAUAAUUCAGUCGAUUUCUGACCUAUUCUAGUUCAAAGAUGAGUGCGCAUGACAAAGGAAGAUUCAGUGUUCGCGGGGCUGAGCGUUUAGCGGGAACAGCGAUGAUGGGGAGCUGAAUCCAUGAGCUGAAUGCACAUUCUUACCCCAAAAUCAUGGCAGAAAAAAGGAAGAGAACCUAUAAUUUUCACAGUGAAUGGGAGGAAGAAUUCUUUUUUACAAGUGUGAAAGAACGCGGUUUACAACGCGGUGAAGGAGUUUUUCGUACAGAAAAAGGUGCCACUGGAAAAGCUAGUAGCGGUGACUACAGACGGGGCUCCUGCUAUGAUCGGCCGACAUGCAGGUUUCAUCGCGCACUGUAAAGGUGACCCAGACUUCCCAAAACUUCUGCAUUACCACUGCAUCAUUCACCAGCAGGCGUUAUGUGCAAAAGUGAUCGGCUUUGAGCACGUGAUGACUCCCGUUGUGAAAAUCAUCAACAGCAUCCGCUCCAAAGCGAAACAGCACAGGAUCUUCAAGGUGCUAUUGCAGGAGAUGUCAGCAGAAUAUGGCGACCUGCUGCUACACACAGAAAUCCGAUGGCUGAGCAGAGGACGAGUUUUGCUUUGUUUUUUGUCACUUUUGGGUGAAAUCAAGGAGUUCAUGCAGUCCAAAGGGGAAGAUGUCUCGCUGCUAGAGGGCACAGAGUGGACACUUGACCUCGCAUUUCUAACGGACAUUACUGGGAAACUAAACCACUUGAACUGCGAGCUGCAAGGCAAAGGUAAGACUGUUGUUGACAUGAUAAGUGCUUUAAAUGCAUUUAAAGCCAAGAUGAACAUUUUCUCUGUGCAUUUACAGAGAAGAAAAAUGCUGCACUUUCCCUCUGUGCAGUCGGUGCUGAAAGACAAUGCUUCUGCAUCUCAGGCAUUGGACAAAAAUGCAGAAAAGUACUGUCAAGUCAUAAACAGACUUGGACAAGAGUUUGAGGAUAGGUUUUGUGACCUUGAUCAGCUUGAGCCAUGUGUUUCAUUCAUCUCCAAUCCUUUCAUGAACAAGGACAUAACUGACAUUGCUGAGCAACUAAGUGCAACGUUCAACUUGGAUGCUGGACAGGUGGAGAUUGAAAUUGUAACAUUGCAGAAUGACCUGCACCUCAAAGCUCACCAAGCUGCACCAAACUUUUGGAGCCUUGUUGACACAGAAAAGUACAGUGGUGUAAGCACAGCAGCUAUGAAGGUUGCCAGCCUGUUUGGUUCAACCUAUCUCUGUGAAUCAGCAUUUUCUGACAUGAACUUCAUCAAGAACAAACACAGAACCCGCCUCACUGAUGCACAUCUGCACGACUCACUCAGAGUUGCAGUGUCAAGUUACACACCAGACUACAGCACACUGGUGAACACCAUGCAAUGCCAGUCUUCCCACUAACAAAGUGUCAGUUGCAAAGCUGAAUCAAAAAUAGGAUACAUUGUGUUCAAUGUAAUAGUGUUCAUGAAAUGUAACAGAUAUCAUUUUGUAAAAAUGCAGCACACUUGGUCAUUAGUUCAAAAUGUGAUUAGAUUUAUUUGAAAAUAUGUAAGUUGAUUUUUCUUAAACAUUACAUAAUUGAUUGAUUUUUCUUAAACAUUACAUAAUUGAUUACUUUUUCAUACAAGGUGCAAUACAUAGUUAAUGAUUUAUUAAAAGAGUUUGUCACUGGCUAGUGAACAUUUGAGAUUUUUCCUAUGAAAUGUUGUGAAUUUAAAAUAGGAAAAAUUGUGUUCCAUUCAAAAGAGUAUUCAUGAAAUGUAAAAGAUUAUUUUGUAAAAAUGCAGCAGACUUGGUCAUUAGUCAAAAUGUGAUUCGAUUUAUUUGAAAAUAUGUAAAUUGAUUUUUCUUAAACAUUACAUAAUUGAUUUAUUUUUCAAACAAGGUGCUACAUAGUUAAGAUUUGUCAAAAGGGUUUGUCACUGGCAAGAUUUUUCCUAUGAAAUGUUAUAGUGAUCCUGUAAGCAAAUGUAAUCAAUUGCUGAGUCAUUGCUUUAAGUCAUUGUUGAUAAUUAUUGUGAGAAAUCAUUAACAUGAUCAGUGUCUUCACAUAGAUGAAUAUCAUUAAUCAUUAAUAACAAUACAUAACUAAAGGCAAACUGAGCACAUUUUUUAUUUCAGAAGAGUGUAUCAAACUGGGUGCCCUUCGUAUGACUCAGUACCCAUGAAGUAGCCCUCAGGUUCAAAAAGGUUGGUGACCCCUGAGCUAGAGCUAGCUACUGUAGAGCUAGUAGUGUUGUGCUGUAUUGGCACAUACCUAAACAGCCAAACCCGGUUUGUCACCGAAUGGUCAUUAAAACGAGUCAAGUGGUAGUGGUUUGAUUUAAUAUUGAAUAAUUCCAUAAAUUAUAAUAUCUGGGUUUGGGUAUUGUGUACCGUAUUAAAUGGGUCUUGGUCUGGACACGCCUUGGUUAGUUGUAACCUUAAAUUGCCAAUAAUGGGAGGCCAUUGCCUUUCUUACCCAUUCUUCAGAUGAAGCACAGAUCUUCCAAAAAAUGAAAUACAUUUUUCAGCAUAGACAUUCACUUGUCCAUGACCCAAACAAGACCGCUGAUAUACUACAGAUCUUUCCAAGGUUUUUAAAUACCAAAGGACUGGUAAAAUUAGUGGUUUUCCCCUGCUAUGUUUCAAAUUAGCAAUGCCUGAAAUGUGCAAUCUGAGUAUUCAGGACUUUCUUUUUACAUUACCUUGUUAAGAUAGUUGAGUAUGGAGGAUUAUAGGGGCCAAAACUAAAUAAAUAAAUACUUGGAUAAAUAAAUAAUUAUAUAA